CUUUAUUUAUUUUUUUUAUAGUUUUCAAGAAGCAAAUCAAUGCAGUGACGACGAAGACCUGGAACCCGGGGACGAAAUGCAACAUAUAGCUCACACAUACUUGAGGAGUCACCAUAACUCUAUUAACUAUGUCUUGUCAGCUUUGUUUCAUCAGCAACCUCCAACCAAUAACGGGAUCUCACAAAACAACCCACUCACAAGGGUGCCAAGCAGAAUCUCGAUUUCACGAAAUGUCAAUAUUGGUGAAGUUUCGGUCGAUUCGCCAAAUACUGAACGUCCACUGCCCCAAAUCACGGCCAACGGAGUUGUUGCCGCCGAAUCUCAGUCAGAAAACAAUCACGACGAAAUUGACAAUCGAAAAUCGAUCAUUAAAAUCGUCUCGCAAUCCAAAGUUUCCCAUCCGCGAGGUGGCAGGCUUGUGCUACGUGACGUCAGCAUGUUUCUUCUUAUAACAAACGCUUGUUUAUGGAUGUAUAUGUCGUUGGACGGCACUGCGUUUACCACGCAUUUAUACCAACAUCAUUUCUUUGGUGCAAGCGUGUGGACAACAAUACUAAUGAUAUGCCGACCUUUAAGUAUUUUCUUUCGCAUGCAUUCUGCUGGUUGUCUCUUUGAAAUAUGGUCGUUUGCCUGAUUAUAGAAAUCUGUAAUAAAUACCGAUUCCAAUAUA